AAAAAUGAACAGAUUUUGCGUAUUGAACAGAAAUCGUCAAUCCUCACUUUGACAUAAAAAAUAAAAAAAAAUGUACUCUCGUUUAUAAGUGUAGAUUGGAUCGUUCCUCAAAUCCCAACAAAACCAUUUCACACACAGCCCUCUGGUUUUUCUCUCAAUCCCACCUUACAAUUCAAUCGUUUUCCCAACAAACCACCCAUCUUUUUGUUCAUCUCUGUAGCCUCUUCUUGCCCAUAUCAGCAAACCCUCAUCGAUCAAAUUUCAGUCCACAAGACAGAAACUCAAAAAAUCAGACGAUUUUGAUCAAACAGCGAAAUGGGUAUGUUGGUGUGAGGAAUCAAUUGGUUUUUUGCAUUCUCGGAAAGUUGGGAUUUUCAUGGGAGAUCUUCGAGAACUAAGCGUCGGCGUUUCGGAAGAGAGGCCGGUACCGUCGCCGUCCUCGUCGUUGAUCCCAAACCCAAAGUCAAUUGGGGCGGAACGGUGGGUCAGAGCAGAGGAAGCGACCCAGAAGAUUAUUUGUCAUGUUCAGCCCACUUGCGUGUCCGAGGAAAGGAGGAGAGGAGUCAUAGAUUAUGUUCAGAGGUUAAUUAGAAAUUAUCUCAGAUGCGAGGUCUUCCCAUUUGGAUCGGUACCUCUAAAAACUUAUCUUCCUGAUGGAGAUAUUGACUUGACUGCCUUUGGCGGUGCAAAUGUUGAGGAUGCUUUGGUGGACAGUGUGGUGUCUGUGCUUGAAGGAGAAGAUCAAAAUAGGGCUGCUGAGUUUAUAGUAAAGGACAUUCAACUUAUUCGGGCUGAGGUUAAGCUUGUUAAAUGCAUCGUCCAGAAUAUUGUCGUAGAUAUCUCUUUCAAUCAAUUAGGAGGGCUCUGUACACUAAGCUUUCUUGAGAAGGUUGAUCAGCUCAUUGGCAAAGAUCAUCUCUUUAAACGCAGUAUCAUACUUACUAAGGCUUGGUGCUAUUAUGAAAGUCGUAUUCUUGGUGCUCAUCAUGGCUUGAUUUCGACAUAUGCUUUGGAGACUUUGGUUCUAUAUAUCUUCAAUCUCUUCCACUCAACCCUGAAUGGUCCUUUAGCAGUUCUAUAUACAUUUUUGGACUAUUUUAGCAAGUUUGAUUGGGACAACUACUGCAUUUGCCUAACUGGUCCAGUCCGCGUAUCUUCAUUGCCAGCGGUUGUCGCUGAGACACCUGAUAACGGUGGGAAUGAUCUGUUUCUCAGUAAUGAUUUUCUUAGGGAUUGUGUGGACAUGUUCUCAGUUCCUUCAAGGGGAGUUGACAUAAACUCGCGAACAUUUCCUCCAAAGCACCUCAACAUAGUUGAUCCUCUAAAAAAAAACAACAACCUAGGCCGCAGUGUCAGCAAAGGAAACUUCUAUCGAAUACGAAGUGCUUUCACAUAUGGAGCUCGAAAACUUGGGCGAAUCCUUUUGCUGCCAGAUAAUAAAAUAACUGAUGAACUUCAUAAAUUUUUCUCAAACACUUUGGAUAGGCAUGGAAGCGGACAGAGGCCUGAUGUUCAAGAUCCUGUACCAAUGUCUGGUCACAAUGGUUUUGGUCCUGCAUUGUCAUUUUCAGAAACUGAAUCAUGUCAAGAAGAUAAGGCAAUUCCUGAAUUUAGACCCACUAAUUCAAUUGGUGUUACUGGAGAUUUUAAGUUGGAUACUGACUGGUCGUCCCAAAAUGGAGGUAAUAACAGUAAGGUAUCAGGGAUGGAGAUCAAAAUGACUAGAACCACAAGUGGCCAGGCAAAUGGACAGCAAAAGGGCUCUAAGGAAGUGGUUCACUCGACCUCAUUGUCGGAAGCUGAGGGUUCCGUACAUGGAACUGCUGUUUUGGGAUACCGUGUUUCUGGGGAUGCAGAGGACCUCGCUACCUCCAGAAUUAGGGGCCUUAACAUUUCCAAUGAUUCACUUAAAUCUGCCGCUCCAAGUGGUGAGGAGAGUAUUUCUAUGCUCGGAGCAGCACAUCAUGCACCUCACCUCUACUUCUCUGGCUCCAAAAUGGGCAAUGGAGAGAUGAAAUAUGGAGAUUCAGACCCAGAAGAGCUAGAAUACUCUGAUUCAACCGUAAACAAAUUUUCUUCUGGCCUGCUGCAAGCACAUGAUGAAAGAACCGGCAUUAGUGAUGGUUGUGACCAGGACAAGAACCAGUUGGUUGGUAAUCAUGAGGUCUUGACUUCUGUUAUACCAAAAGAUAUUUAUUCAGUCUCGACUGUGGCUGCUUGUUUGGAAGAUAUACACCCUGGUUACCGAUUCUCUGCAGGCACUGCUGGAGGCGAUGAAUAUCUGAACUCCUUGUCAGAUCUCACUGGGGAUUAUGAGAGUCACUUCAACAGUAUGCAAUAUGGUCGUUGGUUGUACGAGUCCACCUUCAAUUCGCCUACUUUACCCAUGCCUUCACCAAUGCCUUCACAGUUUCACGGCAAGAAUUCAUGGCAUACGAUCUGGAAUUCAUCACAGGUGAAGCGGAAUGGGUUUUCCCACACAAAUGCCAACGGUAUUAUCCCAAGACCAAUGUUGUACCCCAUGAAUACACUGUUAAUACCUGGUCCGGCCUUUGGCGUGGAAGAAAUGCCAAAACCAAGAGGAACAGGGACCUAUUUUCCGAACACGAACCGGCUUCCACACCAUAAGCCUUCCACACCGAGGGGAAGGAAUCAGGCACAAGUGAGGUCCCCUCGUAACAAUGGCCGGGCAGUGACACCCAUGGAGGCAAACUUGCUUGAGAGAAGCAACCAUGAAGUGCCACAAGCACAGUUCCGUGUUGAUCAAAGUGCCGGGAAGUCUGGGUCUUCUGAGAUCCACCAGUCUGUUUCCCUUGGUGCAAAGGUGCAUUCUAAUGUCAAUGGGCAUAUACCAUUGUUAGCACCCUUGUCAGAAAGCACCAGGCAACCAAACCCUGCCUCUUCACUUGCUCAAGCUUCCAGUCAAAGCCUUUUGAGUCCAGGCACCCAAAGGCCGAAACCAGUAUUGGUUAUGAAUCAGGAUAGGGUUACACUGCGGUCAUCAUACCAUCUGAAAGAUGAAGAUGAUUUCCCACCUUUGUCUGUCUGAAUGUAGUGGAAACGGAUGCUCUAUUUAUAUGGUGACAGAAAGUAUCAAUAAGGUAGAACAGUGUAUGCUAACAAACCAACCCAAGGAGCUUUUCUGCCUUAGUGGUUCCUUGCCAUUGCUUGGAGGGUUUGGAGUUCGUUUAUUUCGAUCAAGAGGCGUAACUCAAAAAGGCUUUUUGUACAUUCUACUAAUUAUUUUCCCCAUCUCAAAUCUUGGCAUUUUGGGUUUACAGUUCACAUUGAGUUGUUUAUGUAUAGAUGUCAUGGUUUUUGCCCAGGUUUGGUUUUCACAGUAGUACUUUAGUUUAGUUGUAAAACCAGAGGUACUGUUGCAGGUGUCAGAUGUAGUAACUUGUGACUGCAGAAUGUAUGUUCUUGCUGUAGCUGGAAUGGUAAAUUGUCUGGCUAUGUUGUUGCCCGUGAAGAAGUCAUUCCUGUGCAUUAUUGUUAUAA